GUUUCAGAAUUGUGUUUUGUUUUCUGUUUUGAUUAAUAUAAAGGUAGAUCUGGUCCAGUUUUGGAGAAAAUUAUCAAAGCUCUUUAGAUAAGAUGGUCGAAGUGCAACCAAUACUGUCUCCAGCAGAACUGAGAGCAAAGCAGUACAUGAUAAACAUGGUGAAAUAUGCAUCAUUUAAACCGUGUGACAUGGGCAAUGGUAACAACAUUCAUGUAACGUUGCCCAAAUGGUAUGAUGAAGAAAAUUUCAGACGAGGCCAAAAGUAUUUUAUGGACAAUCGAUUCGGAAUGCUAACUUCUAACUUAUAUGGUCUUUUUACUCUCCUUGCUGACCCUAAAGGGCUGGAUGUCCUAGACUCAACCGGCAGGUCAAGCACGCCUGAAACAGCUAAGAAUAGAUAUAUAUCGACAAUAGUGCAUAUGUUGUCCUGGUAUGAAGAUGAUUUGCGACCAGGUUCAAAAUCAUGGGCUUCGUUGAACAGAGUUCGGAAAAUGCACUUAAAUGCGUCGAACGGUGCUGAUAAGAAGAAAAUCGGAUCUAUUACUCAAACUGAAUUAGCUUUGACAACAUUUGGCUUUAUGGGAUUCGCCCUGGUUCGUCCUCAGUUCCUUGGAAUUCAGUGCGACAACAAGGCUGAUCGGGAGGGCUUCAUUCAUUUCUGGGCUGUAAUUGGCCACAUGCUCGGCGUCGAUGACGAAUACAACAUGUGCCUCUUCGACAUCGAAACAGUCGAAAUAAUUUGCCUGAUCAUGAUCCGAUACAUUUUCAUACCAAUUAUACAAUUGGAAACACCAAAAUUCAAAGAAAUGACGUCGGCCCUAUGCAAAGGACUAUCAAGGUUUAUGCCGCACAUGUCGUACGAUGUCCAAAUGUUUCUCGUGAAACGAAUUGUUGGAGUUCCUGGUUAUCAACACAACGUAGACCUAUCGAAAGAAACAAUUUGCAAACAAAUGUUCAACGCCGAAGAAUUGUCUAGCGCAAAUGAAGUGGUGAAAAUGCUCCAUACGAACAAAAGUGAUUUGUUGAAAAUCUACGACAUCCUUUUCCGUGAUGGGAUCCCUGUUACGCUACCCAAGAAGAGUGUGCUCAUUGAAAUACCCGCUAACCACAAGGACGUUCAUAAUAACAAUUUGUCUUUGAAGCACAACGAUGAAAGUAUUGAAAUUGCUGACAAGAAAUUUCAUUGGAUAAUGAAAUCGACAGACUCCAGCGACUGGAAAGUCCAUUUACAUGAUGGCGAACUUUCUGUUCUCAACAAAUGGGAUCAGCUAUCAGUUCGAUGGUUGUGUUUAACGUUAAAGUGGUACGAGAAUUCAGUUGGUCGGUAUUUUUGUGAAAUGGGGUUGAAUGCCGUCCUGUUUUUCAUCCGAAGAUAUUACCAACGAAAUAUUGCCAGGAAGAGUAGCAAGUGAAUCAUAUAUAUCUGAUAGACGUUCGACUGGUGUUAGCUCGAAUCCAGUCAGAGUUUAUCAGAGCUAAUAAAUAAAAUUCUCAGCGAGUGAUACA